UGCACAUCAUGGCGGCGCCCUGUAACUAAGUUUGGUGAUCUAAUAAUUUGCGAAUCUUUGCGUUUGCGAAUUCGAGAUAAGGUGAAGUAGAAAGGGCAUUGGUGAACGUUGAAAAAUGGCUGAAAUAUCGGUGAACAUUUUCGUUGGAAAUACAACCUUCAUUGACCCAGAGGUUUAUAAACUGUGGCUGGAAGGACAUUCGUCGUUUGAAGGCGCAUCAAUCCGUUACCAGAAGUUGUCGUCUCAGACAGCGGGCCUGAAAUUUGAUCUUUUGAAGAGCGACACGACUGACAAUUACCGGAUGUUCCUGGCGAUGGAGAAACAUUUACGCAGCCCUGUGACGCUGUCCUACCAACCUCUCUUCCAAAUCCCUCCGGAUAUGCAGCGGAUGCUGAUUGAAAAGUACUACGAGCUCGAUUCCAUCGUGGCUCGUGAGAUACUGGGCAAGAAACUUUCCAGCAAACACCGCAAGGAUUUGGACGAAGUCAGCGACAAAACGAAAGUCUCCCUGAAAAGCUGCAGACGACAGUACGAUAACUUCAAGAGAGUCUUCAAAGCUGUUGAGGACAUGGAGGGACCAAUGGUCAAGAACAUUCAGGCAAACUUCUGCUUCUCAGAACUACUUGCCAAGAAAUAUGCAGCGGUUGUCUUUUUUGCCAACAACCGGUUUGAAACGGGCAAGAAGCGCCUGCAGUAUCUGACCUUCUCUGAUUUUGCAUUCUGCGCAGACGAGAUGAUCGUCAAGUGGACAGCAGGGUCUACCGAUUCCAGGAAGGAGGAUUUGGAUGCGGAUUUUGACCGAGAGUUCCUUCAGGAACUUCGAGAGUUGAAGAUUCUUGUUAGUGACAAAGACGCCAGCGACCAACACAAAGGGUUAAUAUCUGCUUCACUGAAGGGCAAGAUAUCCGAGAAAGCAUAUGCAGACAUCGAGUCCAAUUUCAAGAAUCUUUCCCGCGCCAUCGUCAACAUUGCCAGCGGCAUGAUCCAUUCCAAGGAGCUUCGAGAUUUCUUUAAUGAUGUGGUGGAGAAGAUUGUUGAGCCUACAAAGCAGGCACAGUGGACUAGCAACGACAUGGCUCUGUUUCUGAAAUGCUACACGUCAAGCAGCUAUCAGAUUGAGGGAAUGGGAAGGCACAGCCGUCUGCAUACAACGCUGGAACGCUACAUGACGACACUCACCAAAUGCGUCCUGCGCAUGUAUCACAGCUGAUCUACACAGUAGAGCUGAACAGGACGGCAUUUGCGGCCUCUGCAAAGGAACUGUUGGUGGCGCUGUGCGGCACGAUCACGAUACCAGAUGCAGGACAAGUGGCAUGCAGUGCCUUGUAGUGCCAUGCAUGGACUGGUUCCAGCAUGUACAUUGUAAAUGGCAUGGAUUGUGAGUGAUCAGUGUCUGCUGCAUAAUGUACAUAUCCUAUGGACUCCGUGCAUGAACAGUAGAUGGCGUUUUGUGAACCACUUUCGUGAACCCAAGUUGGCGGGACACACAUUGUGCGCACACAGUCGUGAAUUUCUAUACGCCCGAGGACAAUGUUUUGUGUUUCCCUUUGUCUCUGUAAUAUAACACUCUCCCAUAUACCAAGUACAUAACCGUACGAUUGAGGACCGUUUUCAACAAAAGACCCAACGCUCAAGGACUGAAAGGAUCUUUUGUUCUCCCUUUGUGUGUCUGUCCUCUAUCGUAAAGCCGUACAUGUACAUACUGGUUUGCACAUGCGUGGCGUGAAGUAUGCACAACUCAGUUAUCCUGAAUGUGCACAAACUAGUGGCACCUUUGUGUGAGCUCGUCAAUCCCCGGUGGCAGUGCAAUCGAAUGUCCCUCCCAGUGAUCUCCCCCAACUCUCCCUUUGUAACUUCUGAAGUGGGUACUUCUGCACAAUGCAGUAUUUUCCCAUGAGAAUGAAUGUACCCGAGUGUGAUUGCAGAUCUGCUGUGACGCCAAUCUGUAACAAAACUGCUUUUGCAUUCUUUUACCACCUGGUCGUGGUUAUGCUCAGAGUCUAUUAUGUGGCCAGGGCCCAAUUUCAUGGCUCUGCUUACCGUUAGCGAAAAAAUCCCCGUGUACGGUAGCAGAAAAUUCUGUGCUUACAAUCAGCGUAUUCCACAGGUUAGUGAGGAAUUUUGGCUUCUGCGCAUGCUUACAUCCUAUAACGAAGCAUUCUGUGCUUACAGGGUUGUAUUGGCACAGAGUGUUUCUGCUUGUGCUGUUAGCACAGAAUGGUGAUCGUAAGCAGGAAAUUCUGUGGUUAACAGAGUCAUGAAAUUGGGCCCAGAUUGCACGAAAUGAGUCCUGUCAGUUUUUUCUGCCACUAAUUCACAUUCCAUAUGCAUUAGGAAGAGCAUAAUCAGCUAAUCAUCUUGAUAUAUCACUCAUUUAGACAAUGUGACGAAUAUGGCCAUUUUAUGUGUGACAUUAGUUUUAAUGGCCCUUACUUAUAUACAUGUACAGCCCAGGGGACCUCUGACUCGUUUAGUGUCGUUUGUUCACAUUCUGUCUGGUGGCAUGAAGAGCAUAUUGUUGCUUCAGCUUUCAAUAUUGGAUCAAAACUGCUGUUUCCAAUGCUUACAGUGACCCUGCUCUUGCUUUCAACAGUUCCCUUUAGACUAAUUCCGAGGUGAAACCACUGAUCUCUUUAUACUGACACACUCGCACACAGGUGGUCUGCACACAGCUACAUGUGAUUAUACUUCACCAGUUUUACUAUCUAAAUGAGCGUAUGCCUCGACAUGCGUGCUAGUGUGGUUCCACUUCAGUAUAGCUUUUCAAUUUUGUUCGCUGAAUUAGCUUACGCCCGGUUCAGACAGGCGUUCUAGAGUCGCGCUGAACCAAAUAAAAGGCAAGAUUUGAAUUAAGUUCAUGAAACGUUUAACGUCUGUAACAAUUAGGAGCGUCUAGACACGCCAGAUGGCAAAAGAUCGAUUUCAGAUGUCGCUCUAGUCACGAGUAAUGUCGGCUUGUUGUUUAAAAUCAUGUGAUCACUUGUUUGUGCACAAUAUACUCCAGUGUAUUAAGUUCGCCUGUCUGAAACCAAGAUCUAUUUGGAUCGACAUCGAGUUGCUCCUAACCGAUUUGUUUCGGUACGACUCUGGAACGCCUCUAUGAAUAGGGUGAUAUAGACCAAUCCGGGCACCUAUUACUGUACGCUUACUGAGCAGCAGACAAGAUU